GCCCGACAAAGGACAUUCGAAGGAGCGUAUGGGAGAACAUGUCUAUCGUCUUUCGGGUUCGCCCUUAUUAUUUUGCGUAUCUUUGAUGAAGAUUUUUAUACUAUUGGAUUUGUUUACAUAGCAUUUGGGGUGGCAUUGUUAAUUAUUUCAGCUUUAAGAAUACGAAAUAAUAUAGAAAAUUUUGACAUUUUUGAAAAAAAUAAACCAUUCGUUACAAGCGGAGGUUAUGUUGCAUUAACAAGUGGUAUAGCUUUGCUUACAUAUUUGGCUCUAUUGGUAAUGAUUUUAAGGAUGGAUUAA